ACCGUCAUGGGCAACUGUGUCCCCGUGACCCCCGGCAUCCUGGAGACCCAGGGCUCCGUGGACCUGGAGGAACUCAUGAGCGACCUCUCCUCCCUCUACGACGGCAGCUACAGCAACGACACCUUCCCGGACUACGACGCCGCCCCCUGCCACAACCGCUUCUGUCCCCUCUUCCAGCGCGUCGCUCCCCCUUUCCUGGCCGCCACCUGCGCCGCGGCCGCGCUGGGCACCGGCGCCCUGCUGGUGGCCCUGGCCAAGCGUCCCCAGGCGUGGCGGUGGCCGCGGAGCCGGGCGCUGGUGGCGCAGCUGGCGCUGGGCACGGCGCUGUUCGCGGCGCUGCUGCCGGCGCUGGCCGCGGGCGUGGCGCGGGGUUGGCACCUGGGCACGGGGCUGUGUCGCCUCACCCAUCUCCUGUGGCACUGGAGCCUCUUCGCCCAGGCACUGCUGGUGGCCAGCGGCUCCUGCGGCACGGCCUGGGCUCGCUGGGACCCCCGGAGCCGCCGCCUGGCCGUGGCCCUGUGGGCAGCGGCGCUGCUCUUGGCCACGCCGGCGGCUCUGGUCAGCGGCGUGGCAGCGGGCAGCAGCUGCGUCCGGCGCAGCGUGGGCAUCCUGGCCCCGGCGUACCUGCUGCACCUCGGCCUGUGCCUCUGCCUGCUGCUGCCCGCGGGGCUGCUGCUGGCCGCGCUGGCCCUGCCUCGCCUCAGGGCCACCUGGGCGGCCGGAGCCGGGCUCAUCUGGCUCUUCCUGGGGCUCUGGGGGCCCUACGGAGCGGGGCUGGCCGGGGAGUUCCUGCUGCAGGCCGGGCUGCUGGAGCCCACCUGCGGCUCCUUCGAGCACUUCGACCUGGCGCUGGGGCUGAGCGAGGGGCUGGGGGUGCUGCACUGCGGCCUCGGGCCCCUGGCGCUGCUGCUCGCCCGGCGCUGCCGGGGGCUGCCGGGCUCGGGGAGCUGCACCGCGGAGCCCGGCGCACCCGCGGCGCCGGAGGUGGAGCCCCGGCACUGA